ACAGCACUCAAUGUGUUCAUGCAAACGUUGCCAACAUAAAUUAUAUGUCAUUCAUUCAGUGCAAGCUAGUCUGAAAGCAAAAAUAUUAGAUGCAAGUUAAUGACGUGAAGCUUUGCGUGCCAAUUACCAAGUGGUAUACACUACAUAGAUAUCCUCCCAAGUGGUAUUUUUCCAUAUUAAAACGUUUGUCCAGCUAUUCAAUCCUUCAACACUUUACUUUGCAUAUAAUAUAGGUUAUUCACUAUACAUUUGAAGUAUUACAAGCUAUUUGUCCCAAAAGUUCAUGUAAAGGAGGUUAACCGUCUUAAGUGGAAGAGUUGAACGAAUGUGUCUUACAGAAUAAAGUGAUCGUGCAAAAGGCUGACUUGACAGAAGCAACAAUGUCGAACAGCAGUGCUGACAGCAGUUCGACCGAGUCGAAAUUGUAUGCAUUGCAUUUUCGAAGAGUACGAAACCGGAUGACGGCUUUGAUAAAAUGCAAGAAAAGUCCCGAUGAGUUCAGUCACAUGGCCUUGAUGACCAAAAAACAGGAGAGUAGAGACUGGCUCUUCAUAUCAAUCAUUACGCUUGCUGUCAGCUGUUUAGACAAAGUCUUCGACCUUUUGUUCAUAUUAGAGCUCGCUGAGAGAAAGGAAUGGUCAUUCAUGGCCAUUAGCUUAUUCUUCACUCUAACUUCGACGACAUUGACGUCGCUCUUCGCUGCUCAGAGCUUUUGGGUGCAGUCAUCGAGCAUACCAGUAUGGAGCAGCGAUUGGUUGGAGAAGGCACAGAAGAAACGAAAAGCGUUUCUAGAAAAUUUUUUAUACAGACCAAUAAACAGACGAAUUGUUCCACAUGACAGCGCUUUCAAAGUAAAACCGUCGAUAGACAACAAAGGUGCAAGUCGGAACAUUCCAGUUAGUGCAUGGGGUAAUGUAGAAACAGUAUUUACUAUAACAGACGUGUUGCAUUCUAAUGAUGAAUUGGUUGCAUCGAAGAAAUCUUCUCGAGACCGCUGCAAGGAACACUGCACCAUUCCUUGCGGUCACUCACCUCAGUCAAACGAAAACAAUGCCUUCGAUAAUUCUUUAGUGAAAGAAUCCUCAGUUUCAAUGGCAUCCGAGUCAUCCUUUACUAAAAGCGUUUCACAACACAGUGAAGGUUCAGAAACAACAGCGUCAGCCGGAGACACAACCGAAGUUCCUCCCAGUGAAAUGCAAGAGGUACAAUUCCGACCGUGGGUGCGUUACAUGCUAGGUGCAAUUUUCUGCACUGGACUCCUGCCGGAAUGGGUACUGGUGGUGAACUUAUCGAUGUACGCGGGAGCUGGCGAGGACCGCGUGCUGAUCGGGCAGCUGUUGCGGGACACUUGGUUCGUGCAGACCAUCAAGCUGAGUGAGGCUCUGCUCGAGUCCAUCCCGCAGAUACACAUCAAGAUAUUCUACUUCCUCACAACAAAGAGCUGGAGCAUCAGUCAAGUGUUUGGUUUAGGCGUAAACGCGACAUCCAUCGGCAUCGGACUGAUCUCAGCUCUGCAUGUUCAAAUUCCAUACAAAGUGGUCGGAUUCGUGUUCAUAUUCAGCAACCUAGUGGCAAGGAUGUCAGUGAGCGCAGCCUUGAAUCAAGCGACAACCAACGGGGUUUACUUCGCAACCUUCGCCUGCGCGCUGACCAUCUCAGCGGCGGUGACAGCGUUCAAGACGCUCGUCCACAGAGGAAACUACCGACGUUACCUUAGCCCACUUGAGAAGUACGUUGGAGAACCUAUCUUCCGCACCUUCUGCAUGCCUCCUGAAGACGCCUCGGGACUCUUGGUGUCGGGGGUGUUCGUGGUGGCAGGUGUCGUGUUUUGUGUCGUGUAUGACGGCGAAGACAGGGUCUUACUAUCCUCGAUGGUGGUUUGUGUAGCGGUGUUUGGUCAGGGUUUGGCCGGUCUGGCUUGGUAUAUUGUCGGAAUAAGCGAACUGAAUUACGAAAACAAGAAAAAAACGAGUAUGAUGCCACAUACGUCCAUUAGUAUUGGUCACAGCACAAAGCAACAGGAUUAGUUAGAUUUUUUUAGGAAAUAGUUGUGGACUACACGAAAAGACUACAUGAAUUCGUAGGUUUCUUCAAGCGUUUAAUACUACUGAUGAUAGCCAAAAAAAGAAAUAAAUUAAAUAGAGGGUAAAUGAAAAAGUAAAUGAAUCAAAUUCAAGUACGAUUUCAAGACGCAUUCGCUUUGGAUGCAAGGAAAUAAAAGAUCAUGAAUAAAUUAAUUUACUGCACAGUGUGGUGCAAUAGUCAAUAUAAGUACAGUACAGUAAUUAAAUAUGUUUAAAGGUCAUAUAAUUUACAUUUUCAGUUAGAAUAAAAGUAUAGUUAAUUCCGGUGAACCAUGUUUAUUAUAUUUUAGGUUCGUGUUUUGCUUCCAUGACAUAAUUUUGUUUUUAAUUGAAGCGUUGCAGCAGCAUUUAUUCUCAUUAUGCCAUCUACCGAGAAAACGUGUCAAGUUUACCUCCAUCAGAUGAUCAAAAUUCAGGAAAAUCCAUUACUAUCCAAUUAAUGAAAAAUAUGUAGGGAUAAUAUUCCUAACUAAACUCAUUUUAACAUCAGGUGAUUAUACUAGGCAAAUUUUUUGAAGCAAAUUUAGAUGAAUUCCGAAGUUAGGCUUGUCUUUUUGUUAAUUUUUAUUCAAGUUUAAACUUGUCAGAGGCGAAAAACUGCGUCGACGACGAAAACAUUUCAAGAACAAAAUGAUAUUGAAAUUCAGUGCAUAUGGACCGAAAAUACGUACUGGCAACUAUGAUACGCGUGGGAUGGCCUUCGAUUUUAUUUCGAUUGGAUUUUUAACAGCCAGGAAUUGUUAAUGGAUGAACAAAAUGGUAUUGAAAUUCAAUGCAUAUGGACAGCCCAGAAAUAUGUACUGGCAACUAUGAUGUGCGUGGUAUGGCCUUCGAUUUUAUUUCGAUUGGAUUUUUAAUAGCCAGGAAUUGUUGAUGGAUAUUUAGAACUGCACCGUCCAAUUCUGAGAAUUUUCAUUUUUUUAUAAUCUGACAAAAACGCCCGAAAUGAGACGGUCAAGGUUUAUUCACUUUAAAUAGAAACUGUAACGCUCGUAAAAAAUGUCAA